UUACAUAUUUCUGAAUAAUUUAGCUCAAGAUAUAUGCCGUUUUAACUUUUUCCUUCUAUGUUAUGAUGUGACAAAAUCUGGGUUUUUUGGUGCAUACAUGGCUUGUACUCACAUUUGCUUUAGGAUUUUUUAAUCUUGUUUUGAGAUAGUCUGAAAAUAGUUGAAUGGAUGUACAUGAUUUAUAUAGGGACCAUAAUUAGUGUGGGAUUGAGGCGCAGUUGCUGUUGGUCAGAGAGGGUGGAGGCAGAGGGAUCACGCUUUAAAAUCUGAGGGUUCAGUGUAUUAUGCGCGUGUCACUGUGUGCGUGUGUGUCUGUGUUUUGCUUUGUGUAUAUGUAUACAUCGAUUGAGCCAAAAGUAGUGGGAAUCUGCAUCCCAAGGAAUAAAGAUCGAUACUCCUUUACAGUGGAUUGAGGCUGGUUCUUUUGGAUAUCUAUAAUGCACAACAGGGAGCUACAUUUCUCUAACCAAGAAAUGGGGUCAAGUUCUAAUUUUGGUGAAAUUCCAGAAUGUAGUUCCACUAAAAGGCUUUUCAAUGAAAUUCUCUCGGACAUGCACGCUUGUAUUCAUACCCACACUUGCAAUCCACCUGGUCCUGAUAACUCACACACACACACUUGUUACCAUGUUCACACCAAGGUUGUUCCUCCCCUAAGUGAUGAUACUGCAGAGUCUGCAGAGAAUAAGAUAGGAAAGAAACGCCCUUUGAGUAAUGAGGAAGCAGUUCGCAAGUACCGUGAGAAAAAUAAGGCUCGGGUUGCAUCAUUAGAGGAUGAGGUAGUGAGGUUGAGGGCUAUAAAUCAGCAACUGUUGAAGAGGUUACAGGGCCAAUCCGUCUUGGAAGCUGAAAUUAGCAAGCUCAAGUGCUUGCUUGUGGAUAUCCGAGGAAGGAUUGAAGGUGAUAUUGGAUUUUUUCCGUAUCAGAAGCCAAUGAAGAGUGGGAACAUAUAUCAGAAUCUUGUUAAUCCUAACUAUCCUGGAGCUUAUGUGAUGAAUCCUUGCAACCUACAAUGUGACGAUCAGGUUUAUUGUCUACAGCCGGGUUCGGGAGAGUUAAAUGGACAAGGCCUAAAUAGUUGUGGAUUUCAGACUCGUCAGUGUUUUUUGGGUAAUCAGGAACCUAAGGAAGUUACUGGCUGUGCAUGGGGCUAUGGUACUCCUACUGCUGAGGCUUCUUCCGGGAAUAAGAGAAAAGGAGGGAAACAUGAAGCAAUGGCGAGCUGGUCAUGAUCUGAAGGAGGUGUCUUUGGUCUGGAUAAUAAUGUAUAUCGUAUUAUGUUUCUUCUGCUUCUUUGGGAUUUCCUUCCGGUAUCUCUUCUUUGCUAAGUUCAAUUUUAUAAUAUUUCCCUGCUUCGAGUUGGUGGUC